AUGCUCAGCCUCCUCUCCCUUCCCAACGAGCUCCUGUGCAUGGUCUUCGCGCUCUUGGAUGGGCAAAAUGCCUUCUCGCUGUCCCACACAGCGAAAAGGCUUUAUUUCUUGCACGUCCCCGAUGCGUUUAGAUCGCUGACCGUCGACAUCCCCGAGAAGCCCCCUUCCACCGGCCUCCAAGUGCUGGCCUUGUCCGAAGUCCUAUCGACAAGCGGCCCCCUCCUCGAGCUCCGCCGCGGUCGAUACGUUCGCCGCCUCAAACUUUGUGGACUCACCGACCCCGACCUCGCCCACAUAAGUCGCCUCUUUGCUGCGACAGAACGCCUCGAACGCCUUUACUUCGACGACCUCGGACAUUUUCAGAGUCCGCAGUGCGGCUUGGUCCCACUGGGCGCCAUGGGCCGCCUCGAGCAGGUGGUCUUCCUUGGAACGGGGCCGUGGGCCGUCCAGCAACUCCCGAUGGUCCUGGCCGCCCCAAACCUCACCUCCCUCUGCUUCGAGAUCACCGACUCCUGGUUUCGUGGCAUCACCAUCGACGUCGCCGCUCUCGUCACCGCCCUCUCCUGCACCCCGAGACUGCGCACUCUCCGCUUUAGAUCCGACGAGGCGGGGCCGGCCAUCCCUGGUCCAUACCCCUCAGUAACUAUCCCGUCCGUCAGGGAGCUUUCCCUCCGCUGCCUCCCCAGCAUCGCCGCCGUUCUCGUUGACGCCUGCGCCAACGUCAAAGCGUGCCGUCUUCAGCUGCAGUGGUGUGGCCCUCCUGCGGCGCUGGUUAUGCCAACGCAUGGCUCCCUAGGUCCCCUCCACCUUGCGGAAUUCCGCAUCUCAGGCUGCAUCGGCGUUCCUGCAGAAAGCGCCAAGCGCCUGGGAGAAGUCCCCUUGGUAUCCCUGGGCGAGGUUUGCUUCCCGCUCGUCAAAACGAACGACGCUCGGCUCCUCGCCCCCCUUGUACGCACCACCCGGCCUAUCGCCCUGGGGGUUUUCACGGCGGGCGUCUUGAACGACCCGGAGCCGGCGCGGUGGAGUGCGCCGACGCUGGCGGGCAAUUCGGACGACGCGAGGCAGAUGUGGGCCUUCCUGUUGCAGGGAAAUCCGCGCCUGCGCUCCCUGGAGAUCACCGUCACAGAGGGAAAGUGCAAGCCUGUCAUCUACAAGUCGGCACUGCUGGAUGCACUCCGGUCGACAGCGCUGGAGCACCUCAAUCUCUUCUUUUUGGCGGGCUGCGGGCAUCCCGUGGGAUGGGGAGAGGGGUGUCCCGAGAGAGAGAGGAAAUUCCUCGAGGCCGUGGCCUCAUUCCCUGAGGAGUUCGCGACGAGCCUGCCCACGCUGCGCGCCAUUGCGAUGUCUUGGCCCCGAGCUGGAGCGGCCGACUUCACGCACCGGAAGGACUGGGAGGAGGAUGCGAAGUAUGGACCAAUGCGCGUUGAGCGGUGGUGGCGGGUUGACAGCGUUGGGACAAGGCGGACGGCGGUCGAGAUCGGGCGUGAAGAAGGCAACCGCUUGCGCGAGCUUAUCCAACGGGGGGGCACCCAUUGA